CAAACCCAUCCUCUGAUGUUUAACACACACUAGUUCACACACCUCACUUAUGCAGAAACACAUCCACACAUGUUAAAUAAUAACAAACACCCACAAUGCGGUCAACCAAGAUGAACUGCACGCGACAGCACGGGAUACUGAUAGUGUGGACAAUUUUUUUCUUUUUAAUACUGGAAGUGCACUGUUCACUCACCUCUCCCCAAAACGUAUCCAUCGUCUCCUUUAAUCUGGAGCACAAGCUCACAUGGACACCAGGUCCUGGCACAGCAGCUGUCACACACUUCAGAGUGCAGAGCUAUAAUCAGAAGAGAAAGCUCUGGAUUUCAGUGAAGAGCUGUUCUGACUUACAAAUUGGCGAGUCUUGUGAUUUGACCACAACUUUCAACGAAACGUUUGGUCAUUAUCAAGCCCGAGUGCAAGCAUUCAGUCAGGACCAGGAAUCUAACUGGACCACAUCUAAAUUCUUUACUCCCCUGGUGGACACAACUCUGGGUCCUCCACUUGUGUCGCUAACCGGCUGUGGAAAUUGCCUCCUGCUGAAACUAAGUCCACCGCUCAGUGUGGAGCAAAAACAUGACCCACUGACAUACCUUUAUCAAAGGUAUACUGUCAAUGUGUCCAGAACUAGAGACAAAGCACAGUUUGUUAUGAAGGCAUCCAAUGGAGAGAAUCUGAUCAACUAUCUAGAGCCCGGAGUGGAGUACUGCAUCACAGCCAUUGCAGUAACAAGCUUUAAAAACCUUGUACUUCCUUCUGAUCCUCAGUGCACCUACACAAGUUCUCAGCCACUCAACACAGUGGCCAUGUUUUUGAGCGCCCUGUGCGCAGUCUUCCUCUUGGUGUUGCUCCUCUGUGCAGGUCUGAUCUACACUGGCCAGUUUGGUAACUUCCACACAACACUACUAAGAGCUUUAGUGAGUUUCUUACCUUUUCUGGAAAGAAAGUGAGAAACUUAUGAAAUGCCGUUGUAUAAUUGAUUUUAACAUGGACCAGAUCCAGCACCAGAUCCUUCACAUAAAGGGUGAAGUGCUCUUAAUGAAAAAUAAUGAAAUAUGAAGCUUUUGCUGAUCUCUCUCUCUCUCUCUCUCUCUCUCUCUCUCUCUCUCUCUCUCUCUCCCUCUCUCUCUCUCACUGCAAAACAUUCCAUGUUUCUCUAAUCCUUUGUGUGGUGGGCCUUCCAAACCCAAAUAACAUGACGAGGCUGCUAACAUUUCUACAUUUUUGUCCAGUUGAAGAUGUUAGAAAAGGUUCUCCAGGAGACUUGUUUUUGCUGCUUUAUUUUUGCUUCUCUUCUCUUGAGUACAAGAACAAUGAAAAAUAAAGAAAUAAAAAAUAGAUGACAAACA